GGCAACCCCUACUUUCACCUUUUCAACUCACGCCAAAUAUUCAAUGCUCUCUCUCUAUCUAAUUCUUCUGUGCUUCUUCUGGUCUCGAGCAGCUUCUCCAUCCUCUCCUCCUCCUCCUCCUCUCUCACUCCUCAUUUUCUCUCUCGCUUUCUCUCUUCCUGUUCCAGUCCUCCGACUUUCCCUUAGAUUUUUGAUAUUUUGUGUUAGUUUUUCGAAGAAGAUCGCUGUUUUAUUUUCGAUUUUUUGGGUGUGUGCGCGGGUGAUUCUUGAUCUCAAUCUCUGGAUCCUUAAACUCUAGGGUUUCUGAGCAUUAUGAGCUUGGAAUUAGGCGAUUAUGAACAAGAAAUAGCUUGAUUCUUUGUUACUUUCCGUGGAUAAGCUCGAGUCCGUUAUUGUACGGAGCUCUUUGAUUUGACGGGAGAGGAAGCCAAAAUCGAUUAUGUCUGAAACUAUAAUCCGACAAAGAAGAAGCUGUAAUUUAUGAUAAUUUCUUUCUGGUGUUUGGCCUGUGAUGAAAAUAUAGGGGAAGACGAGCUAAGGCGAGGAUUGAUCUUGUAUUUCAGGGCGGGAAGAAACAUAGAUCUGUUACAGUGACAGGAUUAAUGGUUUCUGCUGCUAUGGCUAUUCAGGAUCAGAAUGAAGAUGCUUGCACAGAAAAUGUUUUCUUGGCAGACAAUCGAAUUUCAUUUGAUUCUGGCCCUCAAUCUAUAACUGGUGGCCAGCUAAAAGAGCAAUUUAGUUCUGUGGAAGAUCAUGCUCCCAAGGUGAGGAAGCCAUACACAAUAACAAAACAAAGAGAAAGAUGGACUGAAGAAGAGCAUAAGAAGUUCCUUGAAGCUUUAAAACUAUAUGGCCGGGCUUGGCGGCGGAUUGAAGAACAUGUGGGCACAAAGACUGCAGUUCAGAUUCGGAGCCAUGCCCAAAAAUUUUUCUCUAAGGUUGUUCGCGAGUCAAGUGGCAGUAAUGCAAGCUCUGUCGAACCAAUUGAGAUUCCUCCUCCUCGUCCAAAACGAAAACCCGUACACCCUUAUCCUCGUAAACUGGUACAUCCGCUUAAAAAAGGAAUAUCAGUUUCCGAGCUGCCUGCUAGGUCUGCUUCUCCAAAUUUGUCAAUUUCAGAGCAGGAACACCAAUCUCCAACAUCAGUUUUAUCUGCAGUUGGUUCAGAUACACUGGGUUCUGCAGAUUCAAAUUCACCAAACAGGGGUGCGUCUCCUGUUUCAUCUGUUGCACAUGUCAACCCUAGCAGCCUGUUGCUUUCAGAACCAAACUCUUCACCAGAAGAAAAUGGAUCUCCAUCAUCAGUUCCAGAAGCUGCAGGUUCAGUACCUGAGGAUCAGGUUCUAGAGGAGUUUGAGUUGUUCCCAAAGGAAAAUGUUAUCACGAAAGAUGGUUUGGCUGAGGAGGAGUCAACCCGUUGCCUUAAGCUCUUUGGGAAGACUGUAUUAGUCACAGAUUGCCACAGACCAUCUUCUCCAGCUAUUGCAAAUUCCAAAUCAAUUAUUUCUGAAAUUAACGAGGCAAAACCUGUGCAUACAGUACCAUUGAAUCAUAUACCUGUAGAAUUCAGUGUGACAAAUGCUGAACAUGCGUGGAGGCACUUGCCAAAUGGAGCACUUGGAGCAGUGUAUUACACGCCAUUCCAGAAUGAAAGCUCAAAUUUGAAAGAAGCUGCUACUGCUGCUCCUCUGCCUUGGUGGACCUUUUGCGGACAUCCACCAUUUCCUUUUCUUCCAUUCCAUAAUCCAAAGUCAAUGGAAGCAUAUCCAGAGUCUAAUCAUGGGGUAGCAGAAGACGAUGAUGUUCAGAAGGAAGGAUCUUGGACUGGAUCGGACACAGGAUCAGUUUGUGAUGGGGAAAGUGGACAUAGAAAUUGGGAUUUAGAGACUAGUCACUCACUCUCUUAUGACAAGGUAAAAAAGGAGCCUGCCCCUGCUUGCCAGUCUAAACCGAGUGGGAAAUCAACCUCUGAGCAUAAAAUGAGCAGCCCGAUCAAGUGUAUGAAGGGGUUCGUGCCGUACAAAAGAUGUUUGGCCGAGAGAGAAACCCAAUCAUCUAUAAUAACUGGUGAAGAGAGAGAGGAGCAAAGAAUUCGGCUGUGCUUGUAGUGGCUUCUCAUUCGAAGCCCUGUAACUCGGUUGCCCCUUCAUUAGCAGUGAUGUUCUUUUAUAAUUUCAGGAACUAAUCGAGGUACAGUGAAAUGACAGACUAAUGGUUUCAGGUCCACAGCUGCCGGAUGAUUCAAAUGAGAAGAAAGAAAAUGGGGCUCUGAAGCAGCCAUUAGUGCAUCAUUGCAGAAUCUCAUCUAGUAUUCUCCUCCUUCCAACUGUUUAAAAUCCGCAAUUCCUCUCUCGCGGCUUUUAGAUCCUUGGGAUUGCUGUUGUAUUCCUUUUUAAUUUUAUUUCCUUUUUUUGGAACUGUGAAUUCCCUCCCUCCCUCCCUCCCUCCCUCUCUCUCUCACAUUUUGUUUCCUUUUUCCAUCCCGUGUAUUAACCCAAAACUAGCUUCUCUUUUUUUCAUGAUUAAAAUGUAUAAGCAAUUAACCUUAUGCAAA